AUGGGAUUUGAAGAUUAGAUUCCGCCUAUUCCAAAUUAAGAUCAAGAGAAGAGAUAUAUCGCCACGGUGGAAAAGUCCUUCUAUGAUCAACCUCUCUAUAAAUUUUAUAUAAAUGAAGCACUAAGUGAAAGAAAGAUGCAUUAUGCUGAUAAAUUGAACACGUUUAAGUAUGAAUGGAUUCUCAAUUUCGCUGCAUCCGGCAUAGUUUUUAGCUUAUUCUACGUAACAAUCUUUAUAUUUGAUUAGUUUAUUCCUGUUUCCUAUUUUUACAGACAAACUACUACUUGA